UCAAUUUGUCAGGUAUACGCACAGUCCAAUCACGAUACAGCGAGCGUUCAAGUUCUCACAGUGCCGGUUUUCGAUUGUUGGAUAAGGAGAAAGUCAGAGAAAGUCGUCGGAAUCAAUGGCGGAUGUGGCAAUGGGUGAAGCAGAGACCUUCGCUUUUCAGGCUGAGAUCAACCAGCUUCUCAGUCUCAUCAUAAAUACCUUUUACAGCAACAAGGAGAUUUUUCUUCGCGAACUCAUCAGCAAUGCCUCUGAUGCAUUAGAUAAGAUCCGAUUCGAGAGCCUGACAGACAAGAGCAAGCUUGAUGCUCAGCCAGAGCUUUUUAUUAGGCUUGUUCCUGACAAGGUCAAUAAGACCCUUUCAAUCAUUGAUAGUGGCGUCGGCAUGACCAAAGCAGAUUUGGUGAACAACUUGGGAACUAUUGCACGAUCCGGAACAAAAGAAUUCAUGGAGGCAUUGCAGGCUGGGGCUGAUGUGAGCAUGAUUGGGCAAUUUGGUGUUGGGUUUUACUCGGCUUACCUAGUUGCCGAGAAGGUUAUUGUGACAACCAAGCAUAAUGAUGAUGAACAAUACAUCUGGGAGUCUCAAGCUGGUGGAUCCUUCACAAUCACCAGGGAUGUUAAUGGAGAACAACUGGGUAGAGGAACUAAGAUCACGCUCUUCCUCAAGGAAGACCAGAUGGAAUACUUGGAGGAGAGGAGAUUGAAGGACCUGGUGAAGAAGCACUCUGAGUUCAUUAGCUACCCAAUCUACCUCUGGACUGAGAAGACCACUGAAAAAGAGGUCAGUGAUGAUGAAGAUGACGAACCCAAGAAGGAAGAGGAGGGUGAUGUUGAGGAAGUGGACGAGGAAAAGGAAACCAAGUCCAAGAAGAAGAAGGUGAAGGAGGUUUCUCAUGAAUGGCAACUUAUUAACAAGCAAAAGCCCAUUUGGUUGCGAAAGCCUGAGGAGAUCACAAAGGAGGAAUAUGCCUCCUUCUACAAAAGCCUAACCAAUGAUUGGGAAGAGCAUCUUGCUGUAAAGCACUUCUCCGUUGAAGGGCAACUAGAAUUCAAGGCUAUUCUUUUUGUUCCAAAGAGGGCUCCUUUUGAUCUUUUCGACACCAGGAAGAAGAUGAACAACAUCAAGCUAUAUGUUAGGAGGGUGUUUAUUAUGGAUAAUUGUGAAGAGCUUAUUCCUGAGUAUCUUGGAUUCGUGAAGGGAGUUGUGGAUUCAGAUGAUUUACCACUCAACAUCUCUCGUGAAAUGCUACAACAGAACAAGAUCCUCAAGGUGAUCAGAAAGAAUCUUGUGAAGAAGUGUAUCGAGAUGUUCAAUGAAAUUGCCGAGAACAAGGAGGAUUACAACAAAUUCUAUGAGGCAUUCUCCAAGAACCUGAAAUUGGGAAUUCAUGAAGACAGCCAGAACAGGGCUAAGCUAGCUGAGCUGCUCAGGUACUACUCAACAAAGAGUGGUGACGAGCUGACGAGCUUGAAGGACUAUGUGACAAGGAUGAAAGAGGGCCAGAAAGACAUCUAUUACAUUACUGGUGAGAGCAAGAAGGCUGUGGAGAACUCCCCCUUCUUGGAGCGGCUCAAGAAGAAGGGCUAUGAAGUACUCUUCAUGGUUGAUGCCAUUGAUGAGUACGCUGUUGGGCAGUUGAAGGAGUAUGAUGGGAAGAAGCUGGUUUCUGCAACCAAAGAGGGCCUUAAACUUGAAGAUGAGACGGAGGAAGAGAAGAAGAAAAAGGAGGAGAAGAAAAAGUCCUUUGAGAGCCUUUGCAAAACCAUUAAGGACAUUCUUGGAGACAAGGUGGAGAAAGUGGUUGUGUCCGAGAGAAUUGUGGAUUCGCCUUGCUGCCUGGUCACAGGAGAAUAUGGAUGGACUGCUAACAUGGAGAGGAUCAUGAAAGCUCAGGCCCUGAGAGACAGCAGCAUGGGGUCUUACAUGUCUAGCAAGAAGACGAUGGAGAUCAACCCAGACAAUCCCAUAAUGGAGGAGCUGAGGAAGAGAGCUGAGGUAGAUAAAAAUGACAAGUCAGUGAAGGAUUUGGUGCUGUUGCUCUUUGAAACUGCCCUCUUGACUUCUGGGUUCAGUCUUGAUGACCCCAACACAUUUGGAGCAAGAAUUCACAGGAUGCUGAAGCUGGGUCUGAGCAUUGAUGAGGAUGAGGCUGGAGGUGAUGACACUGAAAUGCCACCACUGGAGGAGGAAGGAAACGAGGAGAGCAAGAUGGAGGAAGUUGACUGAAAAAUUAAUGUCGCCAUAAAGAAGAAGAAGAAGAAGAAAGCAGUCAAUUUAAGAGAUCAUAAGUGUCGUCCACCCGUUUUGUCUCACUGUCUCUUUCCGUUUUUCUUUUCUGUCUUCUGUCUUCUGUCUUCUGUUUCCCUUCGUCUCUAUGUUGUUGUUAGUUGCUGUCACCCCUUCUAUUUGUAGUUAUAUCGAGAAUCAAUACAACAUGAAUCAAAUCAGUUAGCCA